GAAAAGUCUCCUCAACGUAGGUCAUGGUGUUCAGCGUUUAAAGAGAGAUGAUAGAGGACAAUCAAUCAGUUAUCAGAUUUACUUUGACGAGUGAAGAAUACAGCUUCCUUUUUAUGUCUUGCUGCGAGGCGUGAAUACUAGAUUUAUUUGACAUUUCAAAACACGGAGAGGAGAGAGAAGUGUUUAUCAAGACGUCGAUCUUACCAAGUGAUGCUCACAGCGCAGGAAAUAUGAGAGAAAGCCCCCAUUUCGCAAUGUCAAGAAUACUUGCGCAGCAAGUUUGAUUUCCAAAAAUUUUUUGUUUACAAUUACAAUUUUUUCCCCGCGCCUCGCAAAAGGUUUCUCAAAUGUUGCGCACAUGAAUUGCAAUUGUUGAGCGAAAAGAAGUCCCCGUCUCUUCUUUGUUGCAUUUCGAUUUUAGCCGAGGUCUUGGUUCACUUUAUCGAUUGGUCGCCUAGAUGGCAAAUUCUCUGGUGUACUAUAUAGGAGACAUUUCUUUCACGUCAAGCACAUGAUUGUAAUAACUCCGAAGGUAGGAAGACCCGAUCUCUUGUUUCUACGGGCCUGUCAUAAAUCUUGACGAUUAAGUGAGUCUGUCGUCAUGAUUGACUAAGUAGUAGUCUACUAGAUUCUCCCGGUGAUGGAGAUUAUGUUAGACUGAGAUGAGCACGCUUAUUAUGCUUGAUGGCUGACUUAAAUUCGCUACGAAUAUGGCCACCGUUUCGUCCCGCUCUCAACUGUGGGGACCACCGUCCGGGCUUCUCGGUCUUUCUGCUCCACUACUCGCACCACCAGCAGAAACGCUACCCAAUGGGGCACCGCCUGCCACUUUUUCUGAAGCGCGACCGGUGUGGAGCGUGGUGAAUGUUAAGACAGCUGUUCUUGGCAUUUUUUAUACCUAGUGAAUUCCGAGUACUCUUUGUGUUAUUCAUCAUGCAAGGGAACAACAGCGUAAAACCAUGGCGAGAACCAAUCUUGAUCUUCAUUCAAUCAAACUUGUUUCAACAAAGAUCUGAGACACAGAUGACAAUGUCAAAGAUCCAAGAUAGUACAGCAACAUUUCCGAAAAGGGGAGAGGCAGUGAACUGAUUUUUGUUGAAUCCUUCGCUCUCCAUCUAAGAAAUGAAAUUCCGGCCAGGAGCAAGGUGCACCGGAUACGGCGGAUAGCCCCUUCUCCACUCCGUCAGCAUUUGGGGGGCGAGCCGGCACUGUCGGUCGUGGUUCCAGUUCACAAGUGUGGGAGACCGUCACAAGAGCCGAUGUCAGUACGACGUUACCGCCACCAGCCUCAGAGCGGGAUGCCAAUAAUUAUCUGCUGUAUCGAGUUCGCGACCCCGAGCCCGCAACGACGUCUGAGGUGCCAUUAAUAUUGACAGACAUGUUGUUGUUACAGAGAAUAAAUACAUUCAUCUACAUCUACUAGAACACUUGAAUGAAGAAACUGGUGGCUUAAAGAUAGUCUAAGGCUAGCCAGGUCAUAGUCAAUACAUCUGGGAGAUCUUCUACAGUUGUAGACUCUCGUACUACAGCGACGAUAUAAUGUAAAUUCGUACUGGCGUUGAUAGCUGAUUUCAGUAAGAAAAUCUAUGAUUUAGCUCCUAUCUGUUGUAAGGCGUCUAUUUCUUCUUUUUGUGGUCAACAUCUCUGACUCUAUACAACUACCAGAUGAUGAUGGUGGCGUUGUGGAAGGGGUUUUGGAUGUUUGUGGUUAGCUUCCUCCUCGUUGCGGUUUUUUAUGUAGCUUUUGCAGUCGUUUUCCUCGAAUCUGAGGAUCUCUCACAGGAUGCAAUUUUGGAUAUGGGUGGCAAAAAUUCGCCCUCUUCCAACAUUUUGGGCGUGACAGAUGAGAAUUUUGGAGAGCCCGGUAGAGUCGGUCUACGCGUACCCUGACUCAAUCAUUCUUUUCGCAAUUAUUCCGCCGGCGCUAAUCGACGAUUGUGGUUUAACCCGCCUCUACGUUAGUCAUCGAUCCUCGAAUCCCGCUGCUUUUUGACAUGUCGUUAGUCCUGAAAACAUCGUGAUAAUAUUUCUCAGAAAUUGAAGUUGGAGACGUUCUAAUGUGUAGAUUCUGUUUUCGAUUUUCACUCGUUUGUUCUUGUGUUGGAAGACUGUUAUAGUGCAUCAUUAUGUAUCAGAUCGACUUUGUGAAAUAAUCAUGACUAUCGGAAACGUCAUGGUUCUUCCGAAAAAUGUUGGAUCCAUCCUUUGCGCAUCUGCAGUUGGCUUUAUGAUUCGACGCCACAAAGAUUCCUAGAAUUGAGGUGGUGUUGAAGGAGAAGGAUGAGGCUGAUACACAGGUGUGCUCCAAUAUCCAAUAUUUAUAUAGAGGGUGAUUAUGUGCGAUAUAUGUCGCGGUGCUUGCACGACGAGCUUUUCAUUUUAAAGAAGCUGUACUCGGACAAUUUUUUUGUAAUGAAAAUACAACUUGACACCUGCUGACCCUACCCCACCAUAGCCGCCUAUCUACGGAUGACUCGAGUUACGCGUUUGUUUUCUGUUAAUUUUGUGAUACAUCGUCACCACUUGGAUUAUUUAAAUGGUGUGAACAAUCAAUUGAUGAUGCGAUUGUUACUUAAGAAGCAGAAGGUACUCAUUGUAUUUUUGUGAUUUUUCUUGGUCCUUUUUCCUGCUUUCCGCCGAAUCGAUGCUCCGAGGCUGAGAAUUGAAAUCGGAAAAGUUGGAUUGUACUUAUAUAUCUAUACUUAUCACAUUCAGUUUCAGUCGUGCACUAUGCGUCGUUGACGAUAUUUUUAACCUCUGCUCGGGCCUGUAGAUUUGUGUAUUUGAUGCAAGAAGAUCUAAAAUUCGGAUAACACAGAAAAGAUAUGGAAGAGAUUCGC